UUUUUUUUUUUUCAAUUUUUUCGAUUUUGUUUUUGUGGAGAAGAGAAAACAACGCUCUUUCCUUUCUCUCAAAAACUAAAAGCAAAAAACUUAAGAAAAAAAAAAGGGAAAAUUGUUUGUUUUGUGGUUUUUUUUUUUUGGAAAACGAGGAAAGACUUUCCGUGAAGAAAAGCUCCCUUUAGUAUUUCUUUUUUUCUCUCUAAAAAAAGUAACCGUUUUUUGGUUUCUCUGGUUUUCGGUUAGGAAGGACGAGAGGAGAGGGGAGGAGGUGGAGUUUUUUUGCUAAAGUGACAGCGUGGUUAGUAACGGGGAAUGAAAAUUCCGGCUUGGAGGUGGUGCUAACGUGACAGUAGUCGGUGAUGGAGGAAAAUGACUGCUGAAUGGAAUUCUCAUUCGAUGCUGGAAUUCCGAUGCCCCGAACAGCAGCAGCGGUGGCAGCAGCGGCGGCGGUGGCUGUGACUGAAGGAACCUCGCUUUCACCGUCGUUGAAUCAAGAUGCUAUGUGGCAAAUGAACUUGAGAUCGAGUGAAACAAUGGAAUCUGGUCCCUACCCUGAGCGUCCUGGAGAACCAGAUUGUUCUUAUUAUAUCAGGACAGGCCUUUGUAGAUUUGGGGCAACAUGUCGUUUUAAUCAUCCUCCUAACCGAAAGCUGGCUAUUGCCGCUGCAAGGAUGAAAGGAGAAUUUCCAGAAAGAGCAGGACAACCUGAAUGCCAGUACUACCUGAAGACAGGAACUUGCAAAUUUGGAGCUACAUGCAAGUUUCAUCAUCCUAGAGACAAAGCUGGGAUAGCUGGGAGGGUUUCUUUAAAUAUUUUGGGCUAUCCUCUUCGCCCGAAUGAGCCAGAGUGUGCUUAUUAUUUAAGAACUGGACAAUGUAAGUUUGGGAGCACUUGUAAAUUCCACCAUCCUCAGCCAACUAAUAUGAUGGUCUCAGUGCGUGGCUCUCCUAUUUAUCAAACUGUCCCUUCUCCUACGACUCCUGGUCAGCAGUCAUAUGCAGGAGGGAUUACAAAUUGGUCAAGAGCAUCUUUCAUUCCCAGCCCCCGCUGGCAAGGUCCUUCAAGUUAUGCACCUUUGAUUUUACCUCAAGGGGUGGUAUCAGUUCCAGGCUGGAAUGCUUACAGUGGUCAACUGGCAUCAGUCUCUUCUUCAGAGAACCUGCUGCAGACAAAUGGAAAUAAUCAAUAUGGAACCACACACCAGAAUGAAUCGGCAACUGCAGGGUCUCAAGCAUCCUUUUCUCAAUUUCGUUCUGGCUCUGUCCCUGUGGGUUUUUAUGCAUUGCAGAGAGAGAAUGUAUUUCCUGAGAGACCUGGCCAGCCUGAGUGCCAAUUUUACAUGAAGACUGGAGAUUGUAAAUUUGGUACAGUUUGUAGGUUUCAUCACCCAAGAGAGAGAGUUCUUCCUGCCCCAGACUGUGUAUUGAGUCCUAUAGGCCUUCCUUUACGUCCGGGAGAACCUCUUUGCAUUUUCUAUUCUCGAUAUGGAAUUUGCAAAUUUGGUCCAAGUUGCAAGUUUAACCAUCCUAUGGGAAUUUUCACAUACAAUUAUUCUACAUCAUCUCCAUCUGAUGCCCCAGUUCACCGUUUAUUGGGGUCUUCUUCAGGAACUGCUGGGUUAAACCUGUCAUCAGAGGGGCUUGUUGAAGCAGGCUCUACAAAAACCAGACGACUUUCACUGUCAGAGAAUAGACAAUUGUCUUCCAGUGAUGAUAAUAUUGACACAGAGGGAUAAGCACUGCAACAAGAUAUGGGCUGAUUACCUUUGACAAUCUUUUGAUGGAUGAGGAAGAGUAAUCUGUAAAUUCAUUUCCCAUUGUUGGAGAUGUACAGAGUUCAUGUCAAGUUGAUUCUGUUCUUUAAAAAAUAUGCAAUUCAGUCGAUAGUUGCCUCUUCUGAAUUUCAUGUUGCUGCAUUGUAUAAAUCUCAAAAUGAUGUCACAUUUGGUAAAACCCAAUGUGAACAGUUCAUCUGUCCCAAAGCUCUUUUUCUUUCUAAUUUUUGUGUUAUGUUUCUUUCACAGUAUGUUAUACGAGGCAUUUCUUUUGCAGUUUUUAUGCCUCAGCCUAAUUUUCUGGUGUAACUUCAUCUAGCUGCUGUGUUUAAGAUUUCCAGUCUAGGCCCUUGCUUUUCAAAUAUGAGUAAUUGUCUGCCACCCUGCUUUGUUCAUACAGCAUAGCUUUAACAUUUAUAUCAUACUUCUUCCUCUUCUUUUUCCUUCUUGGACCUCACAUCCACAGACAUUUCCUAAUAUCAGCCUUAUUUCUUGAGGUAAUAGUUACUAUGUUCCCAUCAUUAAUCAAUCUUGAGUGAUUCUUAAAGUUGUUUCUUGCAUUGACGUAUUUUACUUCUUAAUUAUAUGUGAGAGAAAUUGUGAAGCUGAAGUAUAAAUGAGUAAACAGUUGAUUCCCCUGCAAAAAGAAGUGGAACAGUGUUAUCUAUAUCCUUGUUAGAUGAAUUUUCAAACUCUUCUGAGCUCCUGGUGAUCCGAUCCUACUUCAUGAUACGUGAUUCUCUGAAGAUGAAUUUGAGGCUCUGGAAAAUGAUAGAGAAUCUUCAGAUAUUGCUCAAUAAAAUAUUUCAGAUUUCUAUUAAAUAUCCUUGACAAAAUUAUAUCAGGUCAAGGAUAACAGGGUGCUUAUAGGAUAGAUCAGCGGUUAAAACC